AUGAAUUUUCAACCAAAUCAACAAUCAACAUUGACCAAUAAUGAUACUUCAAUCUAUUUUAAUGAUAAACAAGCAAAUCCAGUUGUAUGGCGACUGCAUGGUGAACAAUGGGUACGAUAUUUGAAUUAUGCACAGGGUCCAAAUCGAGUAUGGACAGAAAAGGCUCGAUUCUCAUCUUUCUGUUGUCGACGUUCAACCUAUAAACGAUUGAUAAAUCGUCAAUAUGGUCGUAUUAUUUUACAUGAAAAUGGUUUAAUAAUUGAUGAAUUAUAUUUUAUUUCAUUUCGAGAAUAUAUAUUACAAAGUAUACAAAUACUCUAUAUCAACCAACAUCCACAAAUAAGAGGUUUAAGAAUAAAUACUUAUCUUGAAAGAGGAAAAAAUAGUCGCAAUUGCUAUUUUGAUUUAUUUGCACCAUCAUCAGUUUCAUUAGAACAAAUACUAUCAAUCGCUGCAACAUACAUUAGUAGAGUAUAUGGAGUUACUGGACUCGGUUUAUCUUUGGGUGUUGUUCAUCUUCCUGGAUCAAUAUUAUCUACACACAGCUAA